GCUUCAAGGACGAACACCAGUGGCAAACCCCGUGGUAAACCCAGCCCCUGCGGCACGUCAACGGGAACCCGAAGAAAUCAUUAAACCACCACUGCUAGAUAAAUUCAAAGGAGAUCCUAAGCAAAUUCAGAAAUUUUUCACGGACAUAAGAAACUACUUCAGUUACUUUCCGACCACCAUGGCUAACGAUGUUAUAAAGAUUCGAACUGCAGGAACCUGUUUGUCCAAAACCGCUAAAGACUGGUUUAAACCACACCUCAGGGAUUUUGAACAAACCAAGACACCUAAGAAACAAUACACAAUCGACUUAUUCAACAAUUACACCACGUUCGAAAAACAACUCGAGAAACUAUGUAGAAAAACUAAUAAGUCCAAAGAAGCCGAAGAUGCGCUCCUUCAAAUCAAGCAAAAAGGACCCUGUGCAAAGUACACUGCCGCUUUCAUACGCCUAGCUGCCAGGACCAACUUAAAUAACAAAUACCCCAAAGGGCGUACACAAACCUUGAACACGCUUGAAGAAGACACCCAGGAGGACCUCAGCUACGUUAAACAACUUAUUCAACAAAGCCUCAACGAGCAAGAACAAAACGACAAAUUCAAGGAUAAGGAAGAGACCAACGCAGACGAAUACCCAAUAGCCAAGACACUAGAAUCAACCCUAUACCACGUCGACGACAUCCUACUCACAGACCAAUGUAACGAAGCCAACAUUAUCAACUACAAGCUACUACUAUGCAAACAACAUACCAUAAUCAAACUUCAGGAAUGGCAUAAGGACCACGGGGCUGCAGAAUAUGGACAAAAAGAAUUUACGCUCUGCAACAAAGAUCGUUGCAAGAAACAUCAGUACCAACGCCGAGCCCUCGCAUGCGUCACCUACAACCUGGAACGACAAGGAUUCAACCUAGCAAGACAUGGCGAUAACGACGAAUUACGAGGAAUCAACUGGAACAACCUUCGGAAAUACCACAAGCUCACCGCCAGACACAUACCCAAACCCAGAUGCACCUAG